UGUGUGUUUCAGCACUUUUAAUUCGCAACCAUGAAGUAUAGAUAUAAGGAGUCCGAACGGUAUAGGCUUUUCCGUAGUAUUCAUGGUACACAAUUAUAAACACAGUUAAUAGUUCCCUUUUCUGCCACUGGCUGCGCACGGAGUGAACCGAUGUACGCUGGUUCGUGUCCAUAGCAACUUACACAAAUAUUCAGUUCAUUGAAUCUGCCACGCCUGUUCAAUCCCCAUAAUUGUUUCAAUUAGCCAGUGACCUUUUGUCGUAUUUCUUUCAAUUUUUUUAUAUUAGAUCUAAAAUGUUUUCGUCAGAUGAGGAAAGUUCCUCAGACGAAUCAUCGGACAUUACAAAUGUACGAAACGAGUCGCGACCGUUAGUGUUAACCAGUUCUUCGGAUGAAAUAGAUACAGAUAACAUCGACGAAGUUGAUAACAGAGAUACCGAAUGGACCCCAAUUAACGAAGUGCAAAGAUGUGAAAUAGUGUGUGAUGAUGAACUUCUUCUACACAAUGUUGAUUGUGAUGAUCCAAUUGCAUUAUACCAAUUAUUUGUGACGGAUUCGGUAAUAGAGCAAAUGGUUCUUGAAACCAAUAGGUAUGCGAUACAAUGUAUGGAAAAAGACCCCCAUAAAAAUGAAAGUAGAAAACAUCAAUCAAUGUGGAGACCAAUAACAUCAACAGAUCUGUAUACAUUUCUUGGUAUUGUGCAUAUUAUGGGCAUUGUGCAACUUCCAGAAAUUCGCCUAUAUUGGUCCAAUAAUCCUAUGUAUGCGAAUCAAUGUAUUCAAAAACAGAUGCCCCGUGAUCGUUUCCUGGACAUACUGAAAUACCUGCAUUUUAGCGAUAACACUGCAAAUAUUUCCACAAAUCGAUUAUGUAAAUUCAGUGAACUAAUGGAUAAAAUUAAUACUAAUUUUCAAGCCGCUGUCAAACCAGGAACAAAAGUAGUUAUAAACGAAAGCAUAGUUCCCUGGCGAGGACGCCUUAGCUUCAAGCAAUAUAUUCCAGGGAAAGCGCACAAAUAUGGAGUGAAACAUUACAAACUUUGCGCUCCGGGUGGCUACACUUUCAAGUUUGAAGUGUAUGCCGGAAAAAAUGGCGAAAAUAUAAAAAUUUCUCACUCGCAUGACGUAGUGAUGCGCUUGAUGCGUGAAUGUUUGGACGCAAAUAGAAUAUUAUAUACGGACAGUUAUUAUACAAGCGUUCCAUUGGCGGAGGAACUUUUGCAGCACUCCACAUACAUUUGCGGUACCAUAAAACCCAAUAGAAGAUUUCUACCCGAAGACGCAAAAAAGAAACAGAAGCGUGGUGAAUGUUAUUCAGCAAUUAAUCAUAACUAUGUUAAAUUUGUGAAAUGGACGGACAAACGAACGAUAUGUUUGUUAACAACAAGUCCUGAACAUACUUGUGAAAUUAUUGAAAGCGAUAACAAACGAAAACCAAACGCUGUGUUUGAUUAUAAUACUGUUAAAAAAAGGGUGGAUCUGUCAGACCAACUAGCAUCUUACUACAGUAGUCUCGGGAAAACAAUCAAAUGGUACAAAAAAAUUGUAUUCCAAUUGAUAUGUGGCACUUCCGUCACUAAUGCGUGGUACAUACACCAAAAGUUUGGAACCAAAAAAAUUGAUUUGUUAAAAUUUUGGGAGUCCAUAAUUGAAAAAUUACUCGUUGAAAAAACUCCAGUUUGCCGUGAUGUGUCGAAAAACCGACACUUUAUUGACACGCUGCCUGGUCCUAGCCGGAAAGUCCGUAAACGCUGCGUAGAGUGUUAUAAGAAUGUAUCUAAUGCCGAAGGUCCUGCUAUGGCUCGGUUAAAGGCGACCAAAGUUACAACGUUCUGUCCGCAAUGUCCCAAUAAGCCAUCGUUUUGUAUUAAUUGUUUUAAAACUGUUCAUAAAAAUCAAUAAAUACAUAAUUUAAAAAACCUA